UUUACAGAUGAACCGCUGGCUAUAAAAACGGACGAGACUUUAGGGUUUUCGGUAUCUCAAAACUCCUCGGCUGCCUUGGUAUUGUUCCGCUUCUCCGGCCGCCGCAACCAGCAUUCAGCCUUCCUCCGGCGGUAAUCAGGAUGGAUUCUCAGAUCAAGCAUGCGCUUGUAGUGAAAGUUAUGGGUCGCACAGGAUCAAGGGGACAGGUGACCCAGGUGAGAGUCAAAUUUCUUGACGAUCAAAACCGAUACAUCAUGAGGAAUGUUAAGGGACCAGUGAGAGAAGGGGAUGUGCUGACCCUGCUCGAGUCUGAGAGGGAAGCAAGAAGAUUGCGCUGAUUGCAUUGCAUUUGUUCUCCUGUGUCAUUCAAGGACACAGACUUUUUGCUUUGAUGAGUAUGAGUAUAUUAGCUUAAAUGCAAUACCUGGGAUGCGUACUUGCCAAAAACUUUAGUUUGGUUGUUGACUAUUGCAUGCUUUGUUUAGUUUAGUUAAAAAUGCUUGGCUUGGAUGAUCGUGCUUUGAACAUCAUGAUGGCUUAAGUAAUGCUUUCGAUUAGUUUAAACCUUUCUUUGGCCUGUACUUGUGCAUGUGGUACUGAUAUGCAUGCUGGUGUGUCACUCGCUGCAAUUUGAAGGAUACGGUCCAUGUAUGAGUCUAUUUUAGGUCAUAUUGUCAUGAACCAGGUUUCUGACCCAAAAGCAAUGGGAAAAUUCUACGGUACCAGUGGCACUGGUAUCCAAGGGUUGUAAACGAUGUAUUUUACUGCACAAAAGCUUGAUGGACAAUAGGAUGGUUAUAUGUAUGGAAAGCCUUAUCUUGUUUUUUU